AUGGUGAUGAGUCAGCUCCUUCAUCAUCGGAUGGGGUCGAGUCGAAGACAGAGCCGGAGUCCGGAAUCAAGCCCACGGUCUCUGCUGCCAUUCCCGCUCUUCCAGCCCUAUAGUACUUCACCACAAGAAGGCAGAAGAAGAUCUGGAACAUACAGCGACCAGGACGAACAGUUUCCAUUCUUCACAAAAGUUCAAUCCGAUGAAGGCUACUCGUCCUCUUUGACAUCCGACUCCAAGUCGAGGCUCUCCUGCGGCUCAGCAACAUCAUCCGAACGAUCCAAAAAUAUACAAGUUUCUCCAGAAUCUAAGUCUUCUCAAAUAUCUCCAGUGUUCGACGACAGUUCCAAAUCUUGCGACAGUUUCGGAAGUGCGAUCCAAAACAAAGAAGUAUCAUCCUCGGGUAUAACACCGGUGAUUUCUCUCGACGAGGAUUCCCAGAAAAGUGUUUCAAAAUUUCUGCCGUCUUUCUGUGACGAGAAAUCCAACUAUGGCUUGCCAGACAGUGACAUCGAGAUCAAGAUUGAACCAGAGGACAUAUCUUCUCCAACGUCGACGUGUACUUCACCGUUCCGCUCUGUCCGAUCAGUGGCCACCACAUCGGUCACUCCUAUAGAGGUUGACUUUACUACAGUGAAAGUGAAACAGGAAGUGGAAUCUCCGGUGAAAUUUAUGAACACCAACAGAGAUGUAAUGUGGGCAGUGAAACCAGAUGUCCAAUCCAAGUCCAAUUUUGUCCCAAGUCCGGAAAAGUCUAGUAGCGACUGUAGUUCUGACUACAAUCGGUUCCCAAUUCCAAUGUAUAAUCAGUCUUGGAACACCCACUACCAGGCAGUUCCCUCAAUCAUGCCCUUCACACCUCUAGAGUCCCAAAGCAAACCGAAAUCCAAGAAAACAGUCGGCAAGAAGCAACCUGUCAUGUCAAGUGAGAAUAUUCCAAUGUCCAUGCAGACGGAGGCAAUUGACUUGUCCAUUACAAAGAAAAGAAAGGCGACCACCCCCAAGAAAGACAGUAAGCAGAAACGAUUAAAGAAGGGUUCAGACACAGAGUGUGGUAUGAAACAAGGAACCAAAGCACCAAUACCAAUCCUUGACCAAAAACGAAUAUGGAAACGUGACCCAAACCACACAAAGGUCCUCCAAGAAUCCGCAAACCACACAAAGGUCCUCCAAGAAUCCCCAAACCAGAACGUCUCUGCCCCGACAACUACAGAAAAGCCCAGCACAAGAAGACUCCCGGUGGUUAAACAAACACGCGUGAAGUCGGACAAAGUGAAGACCUUUCAGUGCAAUAGAUGUGAUAAGACAUACUCUCAGCGGUCAUCGCUUCACACACACAUGCGCAUCCACACUGGAGUCCGCCCAUAUGUAUGCAAAGACUGCGAUCGAUCUUUCACAGAUUGUUCCACGUACAUAAAGCAUUGUCGUCUUCAUACAGGAGAGAAGCCAUAUGCGUGUGGAGUUUGUGGUCGAUGUUUCACACAGUCCGGGAACAUGAUGCGACAUCAGCAGAAGUGUAAAGGAAGCGCAUGAAUGCCUUCAAUGUAAAACCAGUUCGACAGUGCUUGUCCCCGGAAUUCAGACAUAGACUAUGUCAACCGAUGUGUGUUUUGUUGUUGAAGGGGAACUUUGUGUGAUGUGCACAAACGACUUUACAUAUUUAUGAUUUUAAUCACCCACAGACAAAAGUUUAUAUUAUAAUGUCAUUUGUACAGUCGAAUCGAUGUUUUUAAUUCAUU